AAUUUUUCAAAUAUUCAAUAUCUUGCCAAAGGUGGUUAUGGUGAAGUUUAUUUAGCAAAUUGGGAUGAAGGUAUGAUCACUUGUUGGAUUGAUGAGUUUAAGGAUUGGUUUAGAGAUAGUGGCCAAAAAGUUGUUCUGAAAAGUUUAUUCGAUUCUAAAAAUAAGAUAAAAGAAUUUUUGGACGAGCUUAGACUUCAAGUAAAAUCAUUCGAUACUGCAGGAACUCUUGGGAUUACUCUUUGCUUUGGAAUAACUCGCAAUCCAAAAGAUGGUAAUUUUAUGAUGGUUAUGCAAUACGGUCCAUGGGGUUCUCUUCGGAAAUAUUUAGAUAAGAAAUUCAAAAUAUUGGUCUGGCAUAAGAAAUUAGAUAUUCUUUGUGAUAUAAUUAGAGGUAUUCUUAGUAUUCACAGAGCUGGGUUAACUCACCGCGAUUUGCAUGGUGGAAAUAUAGUUAUGGAUAAGAAUUAUACUCGCAUUACAGAUUUUGGCUUAAGUAAAUUGGUUGUAAAAGAAUCUUCUAGCAAGAAAAAUAAAAUUUUUGGGGUUUUACCAUUCGUAGCUCCUGAGGUAUUAUGUGGAAAUGAUUACAAUAAACCGGCGGACAUCUAUUCAUUUGGUAUCAUUAUGAAUGAAAUGGCAACUGGAAUACCACCUUUUAAUGACAUCCCACAUGAUUCCGGGCUUGCUCUGCAAAUCAUGAAUGGUCUUCGUCCAAACAUUAACAAAAAAUUAACACCACAAUUAAUUAUUGACUUAAUUAAACAAGUCAAGUCUCAUGGAUUUAGUGGUUCCUGAUGAUUCUGAUGAUGAUUGCUAAAAGAUUCAUUUCUUUUUUCACUCUUUAUUUAUAUUUACAUUUUUUUUGACUUUACUUGAUUAGUCAACAUAUUAUUUUGGCCUUUAGAUAAUAUUUAUUAUCGCUUUAAAUAUUAUUGGUUAAUAUGUAAAGCUUUAUUUUAUUUAAUAAAUUAUCUCUAAUUGAC